AUAUAUAUGUGGAAUGUACGUGACCAUCCAAGCACAAGGCAUAAGUAAAAAAGGUUUGCUAACAACAUCAUGGAAAUCUUUUCAUCUUCACUAACCUUUGUAGCUUGUGUGUCUUUGAUCACCACUUUGAUACUUUUUAUUGGUUUCAAAUGGUUUACAUUUGAUUCUAAAGCCAAGAAAUCCUUACCACCUUCUCCUCCAACACUUCCAAUAAUUGGAAACUUUCACCAACUCGGAUCUAGCCCGCGUCAGGCCCUUCGAGACUUAUCCAAUAAAUACGGUCCGCUGAUGCUCCUUCACUUAGGCAGCAUACCCACACUUGUUGUCUCUUCGGCUGAAGUAGCCCGAGAAAUCAUGAAAACCCAUGAUUUAGCAUUCUCCGAUCGACCAAAUUUAAGUAUUCCUAACAUACUAUUCUAUGGCUCUACUGACAUAGCAUUUUCGCGCUAUGGGGAAUACUGGCGGCAGUUAAAGAGCAUUGUAGUACUAAAUCUUCUAAGUGCCACAAGAGUCAAAUCAUUUAGACAAGUGAGAGAAGAAGAGGUCGGUCUUGUGCUUGGCGUGCUUGGAGAAAAUAGUGGUUCUAGUGUAGAUAUGAGUGCAUUGCUUGGUUCUUAUACAAGUAAUGUACUUUGCAGGGUGGCCUUUGGGAAAACAUAUUAUGAGUUAGGUUUUACUGAUAAGUUGAAGAAGUUUGUGGAUAUGUUGGGUACUUUUUGUGUUGGCAGUUAUAUCCCGUGGUUGUCAUUUAUAGAUCGAUUAAGCGGUUUACUAGGACAGGCACACGCGAUAUCGAAAGAACUUGAUCAUUUUCUGAAAGGAGUAGUUGAAGAUCAUCUUAACAAGAAAACAACAGGUGAAGAAACCCAAGAUUUCGUGGAUAUCUUACGAGAUAUUCAAAAGGAUAAAACAAUCGGUUUCACGCUUAACACAAAUACACUUAAAGCUGUAAUCUUGGAUGUAUUUGUUGCUGGAUCGGAUACUAUAUUCUCAAGUCUAGACUGGGCAAUGAGUGAGCUAAUAAAGCACCCAAGAGUAAUGAAAAAGUUGCAACAAGAAGUAACAGAGGUAGGACAAGGUAGACCGAUGAUUCCAGAAGAGGAUUUAGAGAAGAUGCCAUACCUUAAAGCGGUUGUGAAGGAGGCUUUGCGAUUACAUGCUCCGCUUCCACUACUUCUUGCUCGAGAAGCAAGAAAUGGGGUCAAUCUAAUGGGAUACGACAUUCCUCCACGCACACAAGUGAUUAUUAAUGCUUGGGCUAUUGGAAGAGAUCCCGCGUCCUGGACAGAACCAGAAGAGUUUAAACCAGAGAGGUUCAUAAACAGUCCUGUCGACUAUAAAGGGCUUCAUUAUGAGUUUCUACCAUUUGGUGCUGGCCGUAGAGGAUGCCCGGGACUUCAUUUUGGUGUAGUUCUUAUUGAGAUUAUAUUAGCAAACAUCGUAUACAAAUAUAACUUUGCAUUACCAAAUGCGGUUAAAGAUGUGGAUUUAGACAUGACUGAGGCAAAUGGUGUAACUGUCCAAAGGAAGAAUCCGUUAUUGGUUAUGCCAAGUCCUCGAUUCUAGUUGCUUCUAAUUAUGUGUGUACCUCUUUUUAAAUAAUGUAUUUCUAUUCAAUUUGUUUGUGAUCACGUUAUUAUCAUCUUAUAUAAAGUAAUGUCUUCUUAUUAUUUCA